UUAACGAGUCGCGCUGUGCGGACGCAAAGCAAACGCAACGCAAUACGAAAACGGUCGUCGAAGAGCGCUUAGAACCCAAGUCGCGGGUUUUUCAUAUUCUCCGUUGAAAGACUGCAGUCAGUGUUCAAUAAGAGAUUGAGUUGCACUAACAAAUACAGCGUAAACAAAACGCGAACAGUUUAAACUCGCUGUUGCUGACAACGCAAUUUAAACAUUCUCAAUUGCGCCGUGUCAUUAAAAAGUGAAACCCAAAAAAGAAAAUUGUAAAACUGCAUCCAUAAAACCACAAAACAAACUUGUAACAAGUGAUUCUCAAGCUAUGGCGCGUAUCGUUUAAAUCAAAAACCAAACUCAAGCCAUACAAAUUAUAACAAUUACUAUCAAAUAUGGUUGCUGUUAACAAAAUGUGCAAGUUACGCAAGGCGCUGCUCUUUUUCAUUUGGAUCUCAUGUUUUGCCGCCAUCAACUCAUUGCCCCGUCCUCAGCAAGGCCUAGAGAACAAUGAUAUUCUCGUCAAUUGUGGCGGAGAGCUGGAGGUUCCGCUUAUAACACCCUGCAAGGACUCGCUUAAACUGGAGGUCGACAGCGACUAUACGCUGCAUUGUGAGGCCAGCGAACCGAUCGUUUGGUGGCAUGGCGAUGAAGGUUUGCUUGAAAGCGAAACGUUCGAUAAUGCCGAGGACCCAAACCGUCCCUAUGGCAUCAAGUUCCACAUUAAAUCGGCGAAAGUUGAGAAUGUUGGCGCUCACUAUUGCAUCCCCCAGCAAUUGGAGCCCAUUGGAGACAACUGGUCGGAAAUCGAUUUGAUUGAGUUGGUCAACAAUGAGAAGGCCAGCACAAUAUACAUCUUUGUCGACGACAAAUCCAAUCUACUGGCGCCCCUCGAUCCCAUAAUAAAUGCACGACAAUACACCGACCUGGUAAUACCCUGCAAGCCGGCAAUGCCCGAGACAGAGGUGUUGCUAACAUUCAAUGGAGCGACAUUUUCCAGUGAGACAACCGGUCGCUACGAUCCCAAGCGCGGUUUCUUUAUUGUAAUUCGAAGUGUUACCGAUGCUGGGUAUUAUACUUGUGUCCCCAAAAUUCCAUCGCCGGAUAACGAAGAGGAAUCAACGCUCAUUGAUGUGCGCUUUAUUGGUAACGGUCAUAUUGAUACAUUUGGAUUGGACAAUGCUACAACAGACAUGGUUCUGACUGAGAAGAUAACUAACAAAACGCACGAUGAAUUUAAGGUUAUGGUUAUCGAUAACGAUAGUGAUGAAUCGAUCCUCAAUGUUACUAACAAUAUCGACAGUGAUAUCGUUACACUAAUACCUGGUGCUGGGCAUGUUGCAUCCCCCUCCGACAACGAUAACGAUGACGAUAAUGAGCAGCAUGAUUCGCGUGAUCAAGACAGCGAUUAUUAUUCAUCAUUAUCGUCGCGUCAUCGAGAAAAGCGUAGUCCAAUAAGAACUACGAGAUCGCCCUCAAUGAUGAAUCCCUCGCCCUCAAGGGGACCCCAAGGGCAAGCAAAUGAUCGCCUCAACAAGCCGCUUAUAACCUCAAGCUCACGUGGCCACGUCUAUCAGGGUGAAACUUUCGAACUGGUCUGCGAAGUUUACUCUCCCUACAAUGUUAAUUACAAGCUGUCUUGGAGCCUACCCAAUAAAGUGGAUCCGAGUCGCACCAACCGCACCGGGCCGUACUUCGACAAGAGCAACAAAAAUGUAACCCAUCAACUGGCUCAUAGCACGUUGACGGUGCGAGACGCGAAACUUGAAGACAAAGGUGUCUACAAGUGUACCAUAAAAGGUGAUUAUGGAGCCCCUGAGUUCUCUUCCUACAAGAUGGUCGUAAUGGAGCCCAACUCGACAUAUCUCAAAGUCCGUGAGCCUUCAGAUUAUUACACAGUUCAGGAAUAUGCCAACAGAUCCAUACAGAUGAACGCCGUAUUCGAAGGCUUUCCGGCGCCCACAUUCAAGUGGUAUAAGCCCAACGGUAUUGAGGUCUGGGAGACCGAGCCGAACUUUAAGAUCCUAUCCACAGAAUCGAGCACUACACUGAAGGUGAUCAACGCCCAGCUAGAGAAUAGCGGCACCUACAUCCUCAAGGGUACCAAUGGCAUUGAUUCGAAGCAAUUGGAGUUCAAUGUGAGCGUCAUUUCGGGUCCAGUGCUCAGCAUGGAAGAUGUCUAUGUGGUUGAAGGCCAGGAAGCGCAUCUCAACUGUACCGUCCAAUCGUAUCCCACAGCUGUGGUGACAUUCCUCUUUAAGCCAUGCAGCCUGAAGCCGCGUUGGCCAUCCUGUUCGUUGGCCACACAAAACUUUAGUUCUGAAACAAUCCAGGAACUUUAUCAGUAUAGAACUAGCUCCCGUCCUGGCACACUAAGCGUAGAGUUUAUACACGAGGCGAUCUUCACACCCAAGGAACCAGGAAUUAUUAUCUGCGUGGCACAGAAUUUGAUCAACAACAUUCCAGUAACGAAGCAGAAAUCGGCACAUGUAAUGUUGGGAGAUAUAGCGCAGAAUAUGACCAUUGAUGGGCUGAACACCAAUCACAACAUAGCCAAGGGGGAUGAAGAGACAUUCACAUGCUCAGCGCUAGCUUAUCACUUCGAUGGUAAUCUGGAAUGGUUCCUGAAUGGCGAGCCUAUCACUGAGGGUUCUGGUAUUACUAUGGAAACCAAUUACACAACAUACUCUUACAAAAGUACGCUAAAGUUUAGCGCAAUCUCUGAUAAAGAUCGUGGCACUUACAUGUGCAGAGCGCGUAAUAUUAAUCCACCCGAUAAUUACGAAAGUCGGGAAAUUAAUGUCUAUGUGCACGAUCCCAAAGCACCGCAAUGGGAAUACACGAAUCUUAAUCCAAAGUCGAAAAUCGAACGCAAUCUGGGAGAUACGUUGGAACUCCAAUGCCGUUCCAAAGCCAUGCCUCCAGCCACAGUUAAAUGGUAUAAGGACGAAGUCUUAGUGCAAACCACAAAUCACACUCACAUACUGGAAGACGGCAAAACAUUGCGUAUUCCCCAUCUCUACCCCAAGGACGAUGGCAUCUACCGCUGUGUGGUGAAUAAUCGUUUGGGCAGCAUUGAGAACUCCGCCACCGUAAUAAUAGCCAAUCUACCGGGUGUUAGCAAGCUCUGGAUUUGGAUGCUUGCCAUCUUCUUUACGGUGCUCAUCGCACUGUGCGCAUUCCUGGCCAUUCGCUAUCGUCAGGAACGCAAGCGACAUUUGGCUCUUAAGGCCGCCGGUUUGGCCAACUUUGAGGAGGGCGCUGUGGAGCACAUCAAUCCAGCAUUGUCACUCGACGAGCAGGCCGAAUUGUUGCCUUACGACCGUGGUUUUGAGUUCCCGCGUGACAAACUUAAGCUGGGCAAGCAGCUGGGCGCCGGCGCCUUUGGUGUGGUGCUCAAGGGUGAAGCGCAGGGCAUUCGUAAUGAUGAGGCUGUAUCGAUAGUCGCGGUGAAGAUGGUUAAACGCACCGCAGAUGCAGAAGUGGUGCGUGCUCUUGUCUCGGAACUGAAGAUUAUGGUACAUUUGGGACAGCAUCUGAAUGUGGUCAAUCUACUGGGUGCCGUCACCAAAAACAUAGCCAAGCGCGAACUGAUGGUCAUUGUGGAGUAUUGUCGUUUCGGAAACAUUCAAAACUUUUUACUGCGCAAUCGCAAAUGCUUCAUAAACCAAAUAAAUCCAAUGAACGAUCGAAUUGAUGCCACAAUUAUGACACAACGGAUAUCCGACAGCUUUGAUCUGCAUCGUGAUAAUGCUGGUAAUGGUUGUGGUAGUGUUGGUGGUAUUGGUGGUGGCUUGAAGUAUGCUAACGUCGGUUACCCGAACCAUCCAUAUAUCAAUCACAUGAACUCCGUAAACAACAACUAUACGCAAAAUCAUCGCAGCAACUCCGACAACGAUCCCCGCUCGGGCACACGAGCCGGACGCACCACCUCCGGCGGCGGCAGCACCACCUACGACCGUCAGCUGGACACUUGCGCCACAGAGGCCACCGUCAUGACCACUGUACCAGAGGAUGAUCAUCAUGUGAUGUCCAAUAACUCCAUUCAGCCCGCUUGGCGCUCCAAUUACAAGACCGACUCUACGGAAGCGAUGACUGUGACUACCACAGACUUGGUCAGCUGGGCUUUCCAGGUCGCUCGUGGAAUGGACUAUUUAUCGUCCAAGAAGGUGCUUCACGGAGAUCUUGCGGCGAGAAACAUUCUACUAUGCGAAGACAACGUUGUGAAAAUCUGCGACUUUGGCUUGGCACGUUCCAUGUACAGAGGCGACAACUAUAAGAAAUCCGAGAGCGGCAAGCUGCCCAUCAAGUGGCUGGCGCUAGAAUCGUUGAGCGAUCAUGUGUUCAGCACCUAUAGCGAUGUAUGGUCCUUUGGUAUUGUGCUUUGGGAGCUAUUCUCACUCUCAAAGGUGCCAUAUCCGGGUAUUGAUCCCAACCAGGAGCUGUUCAACAAGCUAAACGAUGGUUACCGUAUGGAAAAGCCGCCAUAUGCCAACCAAGAACUCUACGAAAUAAUGCUAGAGUGCUGGCGCAAGAGCCCCGAGAGCAGACCGCUUUUCAAUGUGCUAGAGAAACGCUUUGCUAACAUGCUGGGGGAGGAUGCAGCCAACCACUACCUGGAUCUGAAUGAUCCGUAUAUGCGCUCAAACACGGAGUACUUGAGAAAUCAUCCCACAGACUACUUGUCGUUAAUGGGUUCUCCUGAUGAAUUUGCUCCCGCUGCGCCACGCUAUGUCAAUGGACACAUAGUGCCCGAUAUAAGAAUUGAAGAUGUGCCCGAUGAUUAUCUGCAAAUGAACACUGAGAAUAGCACCGCCAUAUUUUCACCCACGCGUCCCAAAGGCGACGUCACCAAUCAACACACCGACUUUAAGGAUAAGCAACCAACAACCGAAACAUCUUUCACCUUCCCAACAGAUAACCAACAUGGCCAACACUCACCCACAUUGGCCAACAACAUGGAAAGCAGCGCUAUCCACAAAUCGCUACGUCGUAAGAACGGCAUGCCAACAGUUGAUGCUGCCGAUCAGGCACCCGAGGAGAUACCCAUGCUGCAUCGGAUUUCGUCAUCAGACGAUGGCGAUCGAAGUCCCGAACAACAACGAAAAUUUCCCCAAUAUACGGGGCCAACACCGUCACCACGGCAUCAUGUCGAAACGACACUCAAUGGCGAUAGCGAAAACUAUGUGAAUGUGAAACCGCCUCGUAAAAAUCUUGUCAACAAAUCAUCUGCAGCAGCAAGCAGCACAACAGAUGCUUUCUCGAAUCCCAGCUAUCAGCCACUGACAGCUGUUAAUGCAGAGAAGACAGAGCGAAGGUAUUAAUACUAUAUCAAUACGAACCGAUUAAAUUAUGGAUUGGAUUGGAUAGAUGAGCAGCAGCUGCGCCGUUAGAUUUAUAAGAUUAGGACAACAAUGCUACCUAGUAGUAUUGUAGAGAUAUUGAUGAUAUAUAGCUUUAAGUACGCACCCUCGCCCCUAAUUAGUGCCAGCAUUUCAUAUACAAUAUAUGUAUGUAUAUCUAUAUGUAUGUUAAGUUCUAGAGUUAUAGCCUCUUUCCAUUGAACGCAAAAUUUGGGUUUUUUCGAUAUAAUAUGUGAAAUCGCAGUUUUAAGAAUAUCGAGCACAACAUUUCGAUUGUUUAUCGAGUUGAAAACAUUCAUAUUUUAUAAAGUUGUUUACAGUUUGAGCAGCUGAUUUACGUCAAAACUUCCACACACGAAAAUUACCAUUGCUUUUUUUUUGUAAUGGCAGCAGACAAAAUGGGAAUAGUGAAAAUUGAAAUGCAGAUGGAAAGAGGCUAUCAUAAUGUUAUAUAUAAAUGACAUUGCAUCAUUAUAAUAUUUACUACUUGAUGUUUAUAUAUACGAAUAUAUAGAUAUAGAUUAUAUGAAUGUUUUACUCAAAUAGAGUUUGUAUAAUAA